AUGAUACCCCAUUCCUCUGCCGGCGGCCAAUCGUGGGGCCACCAGAUGCGAUCAUUUAAUGGUGGCCCCGGACGGAUUGAUAUGGCCCAGGUAUCUGGUCAAUAUGAUCCUCCCUCGGACAACUCCCAGCCGCCUCUGUCGCAACCCCAGCCGCUACCUGAGACCCGUCAGCCGGCCGUGGUCGAUCUAACCGGCGGACUCGAGUCGCACGGAGAACCCCCGCCGAAACGACCUAAACUCGAUGUAUCUGGAGGUUCGAUUGUGGGGGACGCUCCGACAGUGAAUAGUGCCGAGGCAAGGAGUACACCGGGUAGCGCAAGUUCGCGACCUCCGCUCUCCUGGCGCGGCCGCCCGCUGUGGUCUUUCCAGGCCGUCAUGUCGGAAAUUCCGGGCAGCGAGAGUCGAGGCGAGAACGUGACUGGUUCUAGGAAUUCGUCGCCGCCUCCGUUCCCUGUCCCGUCUUGGAGUAGCGCCCCGUCCGAUCGCCAACUUCCGGGGUCCGAAUCUAGGAACAGCUCUCCGGAAAAGAAAGUCUCGACAAUUCCAUACCGCAUUGAAACCCCUUUGGUGGCUCCAAAGUUGAAGGGCGAAAAAGCCGCCGAUUUCACUCCUUGGACUGGUAACCAUCCCGAAGACAUUCUUAACGAACAAACUGCGAAGCAAGGAUAUUAUGACCGUACGCAAGUCUCUCAGAAUGAAUCCAAUACCGCGCGUCCCGCAUUAUAUGGACAGCUAAAGCACCGCACGAGUCUGCACGUGCUCUCCUCUGUUUUUGCCGCUGCUUUGGAGAAACGACAGAACCACAACACAGUCCAUGCGCCCUCUACAUUCAAGCCUCCGCCACGAGUCACGCUCACGGAUAACAAACGUGAAGGUUGGCUUCGAGACCUGGCCAACCCAUCUGUACCGUUGCGCAAGCUGAGCCGAACCAUUCCCCACGGUAUCCGAGGCAAGGUUCUUUUAGAUCAGUGUCUGGGCAAAUGGAUUCCAGUGGCCAGAGCAGUGUGGCUCGCAAAGUGCGUGGGUGCCAAUGAGAUUCGUGCGUUCAAGCGGAAAGGAACGAGUGGUGCUUUGGCUGUGGGCUUGGAAGCCAAGUGGGUUCGAGACUGGACAACGAACGUUCACCAAUUCAUUGAGGGAGUGUUCAGUUCACACAAACCCACGGAUUGGAAAGCCCGGAUGACCUACGCAAUUGGUUUGACUGCCCGUCUGUUCUUUGAGAACUUGCUGGACCACGAUCAUUUCAUUGAAUGGUUCCUGUCAUCCUUCGAAGCAGCGUCUCUCGCCACCGUGCCUGUCUGGCUUUUGAUGCUGGGUAUAUACUGGAAUAACAUCAUGCGGUAUAGGCGCAGAGGUCGGCGCUUGGCCGAAAUUCUGCUUGCGAAGCUGCGCCUUUCCACCGAAGCCAAACUGGAGCCCCUGCAGCCACUUAUCGAUCGGUUGUCUCGUUUCAUUACAAAGCUUGUCCAUGAACAUACAUCAUCCAUGAUUUUGCCAAAUACCUGGGAGACGUACAAAAAGGAGGCCUCAUCAUGCCUCAACCUCUCCUCCAAAGUCGACCGGGCCCUGUUCCAGAGCAUUGCAGAACGCAAUGCACGUGUCCAGAGACCUCAGAACUCCAACCAAGCUAAACACCGUUCCCCUCACCAACGCAUCAUUCGCCUCCUCGAUUCCAUCCGCUCGGCACAAGGCAUCCCGGCCGUCUCAGCAGCCUGUUUGGAUGUUGUCGACGACAAGGCAGUCUUAGUCUCCAAGCUUUUGGAGUGGCUUGCAACUCCGUUCCGUCACGGCAUCUGUCGAGUCUACGUUGGUGCUCGUCUGCUCCGAAAGUGGAAGUCUUGCGGCGUGGAUGUGGACGAGUAUAUACUCUCUUUCCUCACCCGACUCCAAAAUAGCAAGAAACUAAACAUGGAAAAUGUAUACCAUGUGAUCUCCGAGCUUGUCAGGUCACAAACAUUCUCGGUUGGUCGGUACUUGCAAUGGCUGAUGGCAAAGGGUGCUACGAGCCACUCUCCAGGCAAGGGGCAAGCCGCGCACGAUCUGCCUUGCGAUAUUGGGCUGAUCGCCGAACUACCCAUCAGUCGUCUCCCAGAACACGUUUCGAAUCUGCGCAGCACUUUGCUGGCUCGCACUGGACUUUCUGUAUCGGAUGAGACUGCAAUGGUUGCUGAUGUCAAGAAUAUCAUAAGCCUACGCCUUCCGGAAAUCUUUGAUGUGGAUAUGCAUGAUGACCUGUCGCUCAAGUCCUUGCCAGUAAAUUUGACCUGGGCCGUGAAGGGGCAAAUCGGCCAGUGGCUCCGACGCGGGGUUGCUGAACAUACUCGCGAAACUACGACUAUCCGAGCCAGUCUUCCAGGUGAUGCUGGUUUAUCGGUUUCUGCACUGACGCCGGACGAGUUCUACAGCGUCCGCGACAUUCUAGAGACAUUUGGUGACAUCUCUAUGCUGGCGGAUGUGUUGAAGUGUGCCUCAAGUUCUGAUGACAGUACCGUUCUCGCGUCCGUUGCCGAUACCACAAACUGCCAGUUUGACUCACUGUCCGUUAUCGGUGCCACCACCGACCUGUUCCGCAAGUUGGUCGAUGCUUAUGCAGGCCUGAAGCGCUUCAGCACACCCAGUCUAGACCUCAUGUUCUCGCUGAUUGAACUCGGUCUCCGGAUCCCCAAUGAGCUCAAUACCGUUUCCAUUCUUCGCCAGGACCUUUCUCGCAUGGAAAAUAAGUCGAUGAUGGCUGCAUCUUCACCAGUAUCAGACCAUAUGCCCGACGCUUUUGUCGACACAGACCCCUUGUUCCGUGAGAAACUGGACCAUCUGCUUUUAUCUGGGAAUGUCAUGGACGAGCCUACUCUGGACUCAAUCUUCAACACUCUGACCAAGCACCUGGAGUCCGACGAUGGCAAGGCAAAACUUUCUGCUAACGACACCUGUCGCUAUCUGGCACAGCUGCGCUCUUUCCAGCCAAAGCAUUUCGAUGGAAUACUUGCUCGCUGGGUUUGUGGUCAUCUCCGAUCUCCAGAUCGCACCAUUUUGCUCCGUAUGCUUCCACCUUUGAUUGGAGUCGGAUGCGUUACGAUUAGGUCGUUCUUGUCCCUGGUUCAGAGACUUCGGUCUUCAUCAGCGGCCAUUCCCACUGCGCAAGAUUUACCUGCGGAUCUUGUCGAGCUUCUCGUGUCUCGUGUUGAUAAUGGCACGUAUCUUGACCUGGUUUCCUAUCGAUUUCAAUUGGCACAACAGGAGUUCCUUUCUAAGAACGCUGAGGAAGCACUGGGAAUUGUCUGCAAUGCUGCGGCCUCUCUCAAUGGUGGCGAUAGCAAGCUAAUCAAUUUGGAGGCCGCUAUGGUAGAACUGCUGAGGGAACUACUGGUGCGGAACCCUAAAUGUGCUGACCAGAAAUGCAUGCAAAAGCUUGUUGAUCAAUACCCAGCAGCCAUGGGUAUUCUUCAAAAGGCGCUUGAUCUGUUACUUGGGGUUGAUUCGCAGGAAGGAAACUCAGUGAUCUCGGAGGUUGAGAAGCUCGCUGGUACAACGGAUGAUUUCUCGCUUCCGUUCUGCCAGUUGAAGCUUCAAGUGUUGUUUACUGGGAAUCCGGAGAACGAGGAUCGUAACAGUAUCGUGGAUACGAUGUUCAGGAGUGUCGUGGCAAGCUCCUAUGCACAAAACCUCAAUUGGGUCGAUCUCGUUGCGCUCAUGAACCCAGACGCCGUACGCCAGAUUCGCGAACGUGCCGAGAAGGAAUUUUUUGCUAUCCCGCUACUCGAAGAGCCUAACGAUAACACUACAGCGCCACAUGGUGCCUCAUCUUUGAACUCAGCCAAGCUAUACCUCACCAUCAUUGAGCAGCUGGCUGGCAGCAUUCCAGAGUCCGGAAAUCCUCCAGUUGCCUCGGUUAUCGUGGAGAAGAUGGACGCUCUUCUUCACAAGAUCAUCACCUUGCAACCCAAUUUAAAUACCGGCGAACAACACUCCGGGUUCACAGCCACUCAAGCACGAACCAAUUUCGAACGCUCUCUCGCCUUCUGGUUCUCCGCCCUCUUGAGAAUGGUCGUCCUCCACCGUGCUUCGUUCAUGCAGCCCUCUCCCACCCUGAAGAUUCACUCCACCCACGAUCAGUCUCGCCUCCUAAUCUCAAUAUUCUCCAUUGCUCUAUCUCGACUUCCAGGCGACGUACUCCGCCUCUUCCCAGGAGCUGACUACUUUCCCCGCUCCAGCACCGUCGAGGACUACCGCCCCUGCCCAGGCAUCCUGCUCCAAACCCAUGCCUUAGACGUCGCCGCCUCUCUAAUCGACGUCUUCCCAGACGAAGUCCGCCACCAAUGCGCCCGCUUCCUCAAAGAGAAAUGUCCCCCAUUUGUCCCGCUCCAAAAUGACUCUCGUUUCCUCUAUCUCCUGGGCCCUAUGGCGGAUUCUCACGCUGCUGCGCUUGCCCAAUCUGCUUCAGCUCCCUCUCCAGCUGCGUCCACGUCAACUCCCACCCAAUCGCCUGCCACUUUCCCUACUUCGGGAGGCACGCAGCAACCACCAACUUCAUCGGCACUGUCUGCUGGAGCGAGCGAAGGUUCGGAUUGCAUGAGUCGGCUUCGUCUUCAACGUGGUGGUCGGAUAGUUGGUCCGUAUCCCAUUCGACCUUGGGAGCUUUUGGAAGACGCGGCACCUUUCGUGGGCGUUAAUGAUACGGCCGUGAAUUUGGCCUACUUCGAUGCGCGACGCGUUAGGGUCUAA